CUUGUAACACCAGCUGCCCGGAUGGCGACCAUUAGACACCACGAGAUCCAGUAACGAAACUACUCCGUAUGAGUAGUCAACAUUCUCUACGAGUACUGUACGAGUACCAGAACUACGAGUGUGACCAGUAAAGUCGAUCGGACAACGGCAAAUUGAGAAAGGAGAAAGAGGGUCCGCAGCCUUACAGCCGCAUACAAGCUACGAGCGCAGCCCGCCGACUAAGUUCAGCGAUCAUUUGCAAUAGACACAUAAAAGAAACUCUCGUCAUCCAUUCCAACUCGAUAUUGUCGGAUAGAAUCACACAAUUCACUUACUUACACUCUCACGUCAACCCUUGAUUCCAUUCCCUUUCGGUUCAACAUACACUAGACAACCAGUCCUGCGCUUGACUUAAAGACCUCCUUCAUCCAUCAAUCCCUUCAACAACUACAACACCAUGCAUUUCUCCAAGCCCAUCUUUGUGGCCUUUGCCGCAGUCGCAUCCGCUCAAGACCUUGGUUCAAUCAUCGACUCGGCAGUAUCAGUCGCCACUUCAGCAGUCGGAGAGGGUACAUCUGUUGUAGGAAGCGUUGCGUCUGAUGCAGCUUCCGUGGUAUCUUCGGUCGGCAGCAGUGGCGCAACCGCGGUGCAAUCGGCGGUCUCAUCAGCCGUAUCGGACGCAACAAGCAUCAUCUCUUCCGCCGAAUCUCUGGCUUCAAGCCUCGCCUCAAGCGCUGCCAGCGAGGCUCCAUCCGUGAGAAGCAGCGUCAGUAGCCAGAUUAGCAGCAUUCUUUCCAGUGCACACUCGGCCGAGUCUAGCGCCGUGAGCGCUGCAAGCACAGCUGCUACAGGCGCUGCCGGCAGUGCGACUUCUGCCGGUGCCACUGCAACCAGCACUUCUUCAUCCGACAACGGCGCUGCUGGCAGCUAUGCUGUUCCAGCUACUGGAAUGAUGGGAGGUCUUCUCUUGGGUCUUGUUGCAUACCUGUAAAUCAUACAUUGAAGGUAUCGUCUCUCUGGCGUUGCAAUUCAGUUACAUUGGGCAUCGAGGUUUCAUACCACAUUGGCAUAGAUGGCUUUCUGCAUCAUGAGACAUGGUCCAGGUCCGAUACUGGUGAUUGACCGGCUUGUGUAAAUAAUACCAUGAUAAUGUCUUU